AUGGAGUGUUUUUUUUUUUUGUGAGUGAUGACCCCCUCCCUCUCCCCUCAGCAGCAGUGAUGUUGUCACGGAGACCAGGAAGUUCAGUGGUAGUGAUGAUUCUAUUAUGUCAUGGAACUCUGGAGUCAUGUGGCCUGUGAUGUCAUAAGCAACUUUGCUUCUUAUAAAGAAUUUUUCAACGAGAACAUAUCAUUCUGUAUCUAAGCAUAACUGCACACGAUAUAGCGAGUGUCAUGUCUUCUGUGAGAAAAAUGUCUGAAUUCCUGUCCAGCGAUUUAAAAGGAUUUGAAAUGAACAGACAACAGCAGAGUCUAAAGCCCACACUUCCCGAAGAUGAGAAGCCGAUACAUUCGGGUCGUCUCCUGGGAAAGAGAUUGGAGGCCAUGAAAAUGCAGGAAAACGUCAAACUGCAGAUAAAGGAAUUUGAGUCGUUUCAGCAUGCACUGCACGAGCGUAAGGAGCGGCUGAAGGAAAAAGAACAGCAGCUGCAGCACCACCUACAAACCGACAGCUUCCUAAAGUACAAUGAGGAGCAAUGGUGUUAUGCAGAGAGGAAAGCAAGACGCAACAGAGAGCUGAUUAAGAAGAAGCAGGAGUACCUCAAAGAAUUAAACGAGGAACUCAUUUCUUUAAUCACACAGCAGGAGCAGCUGAGGAAGCAAAAUGAGACCAAAGGCAUCUAUGCUGAAUAUUUAGACGCAGUGGUGAAGGAAAGCAAGGAGUUUCAGGAGCCGCGUGAACUGAUUGAACACUAUGAGGCACGGAGGUACAUACAGAAAGAGCUGAUGGCUUCUGUAGACAGGAAGCAUGAAGAGGAGUUGAAAUCCCGUGUCGAUUUGGCAUCAGUUAGGCAAGAGUACUACCUCACACGAGUAAAUCGCCAGGCCAUGAUCAGCAUGUUGUGGAGCCAACUGGAAGAGGCCAAACAACUGGUACUUAAUUUGGAGGCAACGUGGGACAAUAUUCAGAGGUCGGCCGAAAUGAAAACCUGUGAGCAGACUAGAAUCAACUUGACCACGUUUAACAUGUCCAAGUAUCUGUGGAAGAUGGGCACCGAAAUUCCCAAGUCACUGAAGCCACAGGACACUAUAGAAGCAUUGGAUAAGAUUCAGGAGUUCAUUUGUGAUCUGACGUCGAUUUGGGAGAAAGUGAGCAAAUCUAAAUCCGAAAGAGAAGAGAUCAACAGCAGUACAAAAGGACAACACAAAACUAAAACUAAAUCCAACACAAAACACUAAUUACAAAUGGUUUAAUUUUUCACCUCCUAACCACCAGGGGUGCUGUUUGAAUAGCUGGAUACUUCUUAUGACCUGAAACGCUGGUCCAUCAGCAGAAUUUAAAUUUUAAAUACUGCAGCUUAGUCAUCAGAAUCCACCAGAAAUGUUUUGGAAUAUAAAGCACUGACAACCAUUGUCCUUCAUGGACAGGGCUCUCUAGUGGUGGGGGAUGUGUUUUGGUGUAAAUCCGAGGACAUUUGUCCGUUUAGUGCUCGUAAUAGGCUGACAGUAACGAUGUAGGUGUCUAGCUAACAAGCCUGCUUGUGCUCCAGCUGUAAGGGCUGAACCAACCUGAACACUACGGUUCAGUUAUCGGUUCACCAUCAGCUAGGAAAUGGGGGAAUUUUGCGAGGACACCGGGGUUAUACCCCUAUUAUUUACGAGAAGUGAACUGGGAUUUUUAAUGACCACAGAGAGUCAGGGUUAAUCUCAUGCAAAAGACAGUGCUGUUUUAACAGUAUAGUAUCCCCACUAAGCCCCAGAGUGAGUGCCCCAUGUUGGACUCCCUAAUACCACUUCCAGCAGCGACCUUAGCUUUCCCCUGGAGGUUUUCUCCCAUCCAGAUAUUGACCAGGCUCAACCCUGCUUAGCUUUAGUGGGAAACCCGGCAAGAACUGCAGGGAGAUAUGGCUCUGGCAAUGGUGACUGUUUAUGACAAUGGUAACUAUUUAUGGAAAUGGACUAAAAGAGGUGAAUUCUGUACAAAGUUGCAGAAUGUUUGCAGCUAGGUUGGGAAAAAAAGAGAAAAUCCAGGUGUUUAAAAACCUCCCCCCUGACAGUUAGGAGGCAUGAAAUUGAGCCAAAUUUAACAAAUAAACAAAAAUAAAAAGGAAUAGCAGUCAGGUCUUUGGUCUUUUUGUUCAACAAGUUUGAAAUGUACUAUAAAUAAAGAUUGUGGCUUACUUUCUGGAAGGAUUAAUCUUCUGGAUUUGGUUCUGAAUUAAAAAAAGAUUUAAUAAUGGAAAGAUCAGUCAAGCGAACAUAUAGAUAUCAAUGUAAACAAUGUCAAAUUGGCACCAUGGAAAGCUACAAAUACAUACAUACAUACAUAAGAAAUAAAUUACUACAUAAAUACAAAUAAAUACAUAAAGGAAGGAAUGAAGCCUGAUGUAUAUAAUAUAAUAAAAAUUACAAGAUUUUACACAAAAACAGCCCUGUGGAACACAGAUUCUAUAUUUUAAUAGCU